GCCGCUGGGUAGGGGGACAGGGGGGAGCCAUAGACCCGAUCCCCCCCCGGCCUCUGCUGGCACCAGUUCCCCCAGCGCCUCCGGACCAGACGGGCACCGGCCCCGGACCAGGCCUGGGGUUUCUUCUUCCGUCCCCCCAGCGAUGACCAACCAGGUGGAGUUGGCCAUGGGGGAUGGGCCCCACAUGAGCCUGGACCCGCUGCCCAAGCCCUGCCUGGCGAAGCGCUGCGGCUGGCUCACCCGCAACCUGCUGCUAACGCUCACCAUCCUGGGGGUGAUUCUGGGCACCGUGUUUGGGGGCCUCCUGCGGCUGCUUCCCCCGCUGGACGAAGACCUGCUAGUGCUUAUCUCCUUCCCAGGAGACAUCCUCAUGCGGAUGCUGAAAAUGCUCAUCUUGCCCCUGGUCAUCUCCAGCCUCAUCUCAGGGCUGGCAGGGCUGGAUGCCAAGUCGAGCGGGCACAUGGGCACCCGCGCCAUGGUGUAUUACAUGUCCACCACGGUGCUGGCCGCCGUGCUGGGCGUGAUCCUGGUCCAGUCCAUCCACCCGGGCGACCCCAAGCUGAAGAUGGCAACGGGCGCGGCGGAGAGGGGCGAGGAGGUUUCCAGCCUGGACGCCUUCCUGGAUCUGGUCCGGAACCUCUUCCCCGAGAACCUGGUGCAGGCCUGUUUCCAGCAGGUCCAGACGGUGUCCCAGAGGUGCGGUUCCCGCCCCGUGGUGCGGGCUCAGGAGAAGUACUGGUCCUCCCGGGAACCUGUCCUGUCUCACGCCACCGUCACGGAGAUCAAGCCUGGGGCCAGCACCUCCCCAGAACGGUUGGAGUUCGGCGGGAUGAACGGCCUGACGGGUUUUUCUCGCCUUCGGGUGGUCAUGGGGCAGCUGGGGGAGGCGAAGCCCAUUGGCGAUUCUUCACUCCUCAACGAGUCAUUCAUGCAGGUGGUCGCCAUGAUCAUGCUGGGUUCUGCCCCGCUCACCCUCAUUGUGUCCCCGCCACCCUCGAGGUCUUCCCCCGGCUCCGCCCUCAUUGUGUCCCUCUUGGCCCACCCUAGGGUCUGCCCCGGUCGCCCUCAGUACUCGCCCUUCGGCAUCGCCUCCCUGAUCUGCGGGAAGCUGGCCGGGCUGCAGGACCUGGAGCUGGUCGCCCGCCAGCUGGGCCUGUACAUGGUGACGGUGGCCCUGGGGCUGCUGCUGCACGGGGCCCUCGUCCUGCCCCUCAUCUUCUUCGGGGUCACUCGCCAGAACCCCUUCGCCUUCUACGCCGGCAUCUUCCAGGCCUGGCUCACUGCCCUGGGCACCGCCUCCAGGGACCGCCUGCGCACCUCCAUCAACGUGGUGGGGGACUCAUUCGGGGCCGGCAUCGUUUACCACCUGUCGCAGGCUGAGCUGGCAUCCGUGGACGCCCGGGCCGAGGGGCGUCCGCCUGAGCCCCCCAGCCCCAAGCUCCCACCGCUGCCCAACCACCAGGGCCCCCCCGAGUGUACCGGGCUGGGGUACAUGGCCCUGCCCGCCGCCGACAGCAAGGAGGAGGAGCAGGCGGAGCCGGGGGCCGAGGACAAGGGGCCUGAGGGGUCACCGGGCAGUGACCGGGAGGAGAAGGAAGAGGAGGAAUAA